GUCAGUCCGGUGUCACAUGAACGAGCGAGGACCAAUCGGCUCGGCGCUGCCGGAGAGUGCUGGCUGCUUUACACCAAGAUAGGGGGAAAAGACUGAAUAAAAGGAAACCGUGCCAGUGAGCUUGUAAUGACCACAAAAUCCCACGGAGGAGCCCACGGUCGCCGCCAUUGGAUACGCGUCCCGUUUUCGCGUGAAUCCCGCACGUUUCUCGCUGUGGAUUAUUGCGUUUGGAGCCAGGGCGGACGGAAUGGAUAAGGCCAUGGCCCUAACAUAUUGAGUAGCUCGUUGGUGGCGGUGGUGGAGGGGGAGGCGAGACGCGCACCGUGGAGACAAUUUAUGGGGCAUUGUGCGGGGAGGGAAAUGGUGGAUUAUUUGCAGUGUGUCACGAAAAUCUCCCCACAUCUGGAUCUGCUGCCUUGAGACACUGAUCGGUGGCGUUUCUGCGCCUGUCUACAGUAACCGAGGUCGUGUUGUAGCAGUUGGUUGGUAGGUAGGUACCCCCCCUCACCCCCCACCCCCAAGCUCGAUCUGAACGACCUCAUUUUUAUUUUAAAUUAUUAUUAUUGGAUUUUUUUUACAUAUUCAUGUCGGAUUGUCGUGUCGUGGCGACGCGCUCACUCUCCCCUCCUUGAGAGCAGAAACUGUUGGAUUACACACAACUAUGGAUUUCACCAGCGGCGGCGGCGUUGAAGGCAGCGAGCCGCACAACAAUCAGUUCUACCAGUGCGAGGAGAACAAGCCUCUGCUGGCGGACAUGUCGGAGAGCAAUAACAACACGAAGCUGGGCGCGGGGCCGUGCAAGAGGUCCCUGCAUCACUGCAGCAGCAGCGGGAUGCGAUACAAGCUGCUCCAUGAGGGGGACAUCCAGGUGUGCGUGGUCAAACACCCCCGCACCUUCCUCAGCAAGAUCCUCACCUCCAAGUUCCUGCGGAGAUGGGAGCCGCAUCACCUCACGCUCGCGGACAGCAGCCUGACCUCGGCCACGCCCACCGGUUACAUGGAGACAUCAUUGCCCUACAGCUCCAUAGAGGACCUGCAGCUCCUCUCUUGGGACAAUGCCCCAAAGUACUGCGUCCAGCUCAGCUUCCCUGGUGGCACCGUCCUGCUGCAGUCCCGCGGCCUUUGGGCCAGUGCUCAGCUGUUCAUCGCGUCGUUUCUCCUGCAGAAAAAGAUCUACAAGUAUCGCAAGGUCCUAAACAACCCGAGUCGCUGGGAUGUGGCGCUGAAGGAGAUCAGAGCGCUGGUGGACAUGGCUCUGACCUCACCGCUGCAGGAUGAAUCCAUCCACCAAGCUCCGCUGCACAUCAUCUCCACCCUGCUGGCUGAGAACUCAAACCUCAGUCCUCAGGAUCAUGAAAACAUCAUCGUGGCCAUCGCUCCUCUUCUGGAAAACAACCACCCUCCACCUGAUCUGUGCGAGUUCUUCUGUAAGCACUGUCGGGAGCGGCCGCGGUCGAGCGUUGUGAUCGAAGUGUUCACUCCUGUGGUUCAGAGAAUCCUCAAACACAACAUGGAUUUCGGGAAGUGCCCUCGUCUGCGUCUCUUCACUCAGGAGUACAUCCUGGCUCUUAAUGAGCUCAACGGUGGAAUGGAGGUGGUCAAGAAGUUUAUUCACAGUUGCAGCCGGGACAACUCCCCCAGCCUGAAGGAAAUCCGAAACGGCUGUCAACAGCAGAACGACCGCAAACCCCCGAUGCCGCUACGCCUGCUGCGGCCCGAACCCCCGACGCCACCUCCCGCCACCAUCCUACCGCUCUCUACCACCCCCAGUCCUCCUCAGCCACCUCCCCCAGCCCCCACUAACCCCGUGGCUCCAACCAUCCCCAUCUCCUCUCCGACGUCCUCCCUGCCGCUCUCUCCUCCUCCCUCCGUCGUCAACUCCAGCGAGAUCCUGGUGGAGCUAGAGCGGAACAACAAUUCGGCAAACACCAAGCGGAAGGGCGGGCCGACGAGGGGCGACAGCGAACCCAACCUUAUCGACUGUCUGCUGGUCAGCCCGGCCGUCAACACGCUCUCCAUCCAGCUGCCGGCGCAGGCUGACCGAGUGCUGGGCUGCUUCGCUCUCAUCCUCAAGAUGCUUCUCUGCAGGGCUCUUGCACACGCCAAAUUCACAAAGGAGCUGAAAUAUGUCAUUCAGAGGUUUGCAGAGGACCCUCGGCAGGAGGUCCACUCCUGCCUGCUCAGCGUGCGUUCAGGGAAAGAUGGCUGGUUCCAGCUCUACAGUCCAGGAGGCGUGGCCUGUGAUGACGACGGAGAGCUCUUUGCCAGUAUGGUUCAUAUCCUGAUGGGCUCCUGCUACAAGACCAAGAAGUUCCUCCUCUCUCUGGCUGAAAACAAGCUGGGCCCCUGCAUGCUGCUGGCCCUCCGUGGAAACCAAACCAUGGUGGAGAUCCUGUGUCUGAUGCUGGAGUACAACAUCAUUGAAAAUAAAGACACCCAGCUGCAGAUCAUCUCCACCCUGGAGAGCACCCAGGUGGGGCUCCGCAUGUACGAGCAGCUCUGCGACCGACAGAGAGAGCUCAAAGAGCUGCAAAGAAAAGGAGGCCCUACCCGCCUGACUCUGCCCUCCAAGUCCACGGAUGCGGACCUGGCCCGCCUGCUCAGUUCAGGUUCUUUUGGGAACUUGGAGAACCUGAGCCUGGCUUUCACCAAUGUCACCAGUGCCUGUGCUGAGCAGCUCAUCAAGCUGCCUUCACUCAAACAGCUCAACCUCUGGUCCACACAGUUUGGGGAUGCAGGACUGAGGUUGUUAUCCGAGCAUCUGGCCUGCCUUCAGGUUCUGAACCUGUGUGAGACUCCCGUCACUGAUGCGGGUCUCCUGGCGCUCAGUUCCAUGAAGAGUCUGUGCAGCCUGAACAUGAACAGCACCAAGCUCACAGCAGACACAUACGAGGACCUCAAGGCCAAACUGCCUAACCUGAAGGAUGUUGAUGUUCGGUACACUGAAGCAUGGUGAUCGGCCGAGCUUUCAGCAGCCCCUUUACAUGCCGAGACACACACAAGCACGAUCACACACCGCACACAAGCUCACACACACAUUACAUCGACGCCAUCAUUACACCAGGAACCCUAUCAUCACCCGGCCUGAGGAUCACCCCGUCUGAUUAGACGCUUGCUACGAGGAGGAGCCGUCACCAGUUUCAUCACCGAUCCCACAAAGUGACACCGUCACCGGGAAGGAACUUUGUGAAACUCGUCGCUCCUCAUACCUCGAAGUUGUUUUUUUGGUUUUUUUACAAACGACAUCAGAGAACGAGAGGACCCGAUGUACUGAAAUACUGGAACCCUGCUCUCUCUGUCCGUACCCUUUGCCCCGUCCUUUCAUACGUAGUCUCUCAGUUUUUAUAAUCACUUUUUUUUUUCCCUCUCUGCGUGUGCACCUCAUAAUGAAAUCCCGAAUCGAGGAAGGCUCCACCUCCCCGGAGCCUCUCGCUGGCGUUUGCCCCUCAUGGAACGAAGGCUGGACACAGCAGCUCGCCUUCCAGUUCGUCUUUGAUCCGAUCCACGAUGUAGCUCUCCCGACGGACGCGGUCAACUGUUAUCGAGUCCUCGCUCUCUCUUCGCUGUCAGUUUUCAGGAUCAAAUUCCGGCCUUUUCCAAUCUUUCACUGGGAAAAUGAGGUGCUACCUCAGAGAAAAGAAGACUGUGCCUACUCCUCAUGUACAACUCGCGAGAAGGAGAAAAAGAAAACAAAAACGGUUUUUAUCAACUUGAAUUAACAUAUUUUUCCAGACAUCUGUGCUUUCAUAUAUUGUGUCUUUCUAUAGAAAACAUAAGGAGAUGCCCACCUCCCUCCCCAUCACCUCCCCAACGAUGACAUUUUGGGAGCUCUGCAGGAAUGUCAAGGGUGAUGGCAAUAUGUGGUCCUUUUUAAAUUGCCUUCAGUGUGCGUGCUGAAGCUCUCCUGUUUCUAUUUAAUAGGACAGUUGUGUAGCAGUAGCUGGGUGGUCUGGGACUGACUGAUAUUUAUAAGUUGUCUUUAAAACCUCUGACACAUUGUCUUUCCUGGAUUUCGUUGGGAGGUAUCAAAGUACACAGCUAUUUGGGUUUUUUUGCAUCGCAUUAUCCAAGAAGCCCUCGCAGAUCGCCGCCGCACAUGGACGUCCGUGUACCAAAGCCGCGGUGGCAAACUUCAGAGUGGACUUCUGAAAUCGGACCUGUUUAAACCAGACCCAUCACCAGCUGAGAGUUGUAUAUUUUCAUAUCCCCCCUUUGCUCUCGUUUUCGGUCCCCGCCGUGCAGGUGCUUUGGGAUGCUUUUGAAGCAAAGAACUCGCCAAACGUCUUUACUCUGCUUUGUUUUUUUGAGGCAAACCUGAGCGCGGCGUCGCCCCCCUUGACGCCGUUUGCCUCUCCGACCCCCUUUUCUGAGCGGAGGAGUCGCAGUGCCUCUAGCGGAUGAGUCACUUGUCUUUUUACCUGUCCCACGACCUGUUUUGAAUCACUCUGCUGUAUUUAUAUUACGCCAUAUCACGUGGAUGACAUUUUUAGGCUAAUUCUUAUCAGAGGAUGGGACAAAAUUCUUGUACAUAUUCGAUCACAAUAAGGGACGAGUAAUCGGGGAGGGUGGGGCACCUUCUAUUUGCCUGUGUACAUUCCCUCAAAGUGUUGCCUGUUUGUUGUGGCAGCGUUUCAUACGAUGUGGUAACUGCCCUGACACACUGCAAGUCUGUCAGAAUCGAUCUCCCCGUGUGCGCGUGGUUUGGGCGGAUUUGUCUUGGAAACUCAAGGCAAGCGCAACUGCAUCCAUCCAUUUUAUUUAUUCGUGUCGACCUGGGCGACGCUCCAGAUGCUUGUUGAAUCAGAGGACAGGACGCCGUCCGCUACGAAGCGCUUUGUUUCCUAUUUAUUGGGUGCCACGACAGGUUUCUGUUUGGCCUGUAGGUGCGGUUUGUGUACGGCCAUCUCCGGGUCUAGCUUUAGGACAUCGUGCUCUUUUUUCAUAUCCUGUAUGAUGUACAUAUGAGUGUAUAUAGUCGUCUUCUUCCUUUCUCUCUUUGAACCAUUUUUGAAUCCUCGCCCUUCUUCAUCUCCUUUGUUUUUCUCUCAGCCUCUUCUUCGGCUGUUGUUGCCUUCAUCUUAAUGUGUGUGUGGUUUUUGUUUUUCUUCUUUUCACACAAAGUGCUCUGUAAUCUAAAAAAAACUGUUUUCAACGCGUGUUAUAUUUUAUGUUUCUCUCAUUCGAUCACUUUAAUCAAACAUUUGUUUCCGGUGUUUUUGUUGUUUUAAGGUUUUUUGCACGUAAACGUUGCCGCGUCAUCGGAUAUGUUUUUUCGUUAUUUUGUAAUUUUGUUUUGUAAGAAUACCAUAAAGGGUUUGAUCACUAUCUCACCAGGUUGAGGACUGAAAUGGAGAGAUCCCAUCCGGCUGUUUUGUGAUUGGUCGUAGCCAGGAUCUACCCAUGAGCCUGCUGUCUGAGGCAGUUAAAGCUUUGUUCAUGUUGAUUUUCUAAAACAGCCAACGACACUUGGCGCCUUUGGACUGAAGCCGAGAUUUAAUCAUUUAAACGAUGGCCAUUUUUUUAUAUCACGAAUCGUAUCGUAUGUGGACGCUGACUGUGAUCAUAUUAAAUAAAGUUGGUGAUUCCACACAUCAGCGAACCGAUGAUUCAGUCUGAUUUUACUGCAGCUGUUUUUAUCCCCGAUGGUUUUGAAGGAUGAACGGUUUGACUCUAUUUUAAGAGUGACGUGAAGAAUCCUGAUAUCACGUUUAUCUGGUUGACGUGAAGCCACAGCCAUCGGCUGGUUAGCUCGGCGUAUCAGGAGAAAUGGUUACCUUGACUUUAUCGAAAGGUAAAAUAGUCCUUCCAAUACAGAGUUUCAGAUAAUGAGGUAUGUGCUUUUUUCUGGUCUAGGGUCUUUAUGAUGUCAUGCUGGAGGGGGGAGGAGCUAAAACAGACUAGAAUGGUUUUCUCGCGCUGCUUCCAAGGCACACAAAGGACGGGGGAAGAAGUCUAAAUGGAUCAAAACUCCAGCUACGCUAUUAUUUUAACCUCCUAAGACCCGAACUCUUCCACAGCAGCAUUUUUAAUUUCUCUUUGAUAUUUGGGCAGAUUGGGGCCCAAUUUUUACCUGAUUUUGUUUCUAAGAAAAAUCAGAGCCACAAAUGAGGAUAUUAGUUUCAAAUUUUCGAUAGAAAAGUAGCAGCAUAAUGUCCUCGUAAGUGGAUAUCAGGGCCUUGUAGAGCAAAAUUUAGUAUUUGGUCUAAAUAACCCAAAAUAUGAUGUCCACAUAUGUGGACGCCAGGUCCUAGGAGGUUAAACAUCCUUGUUGCUAGACCAGUGUGCUCGUGGCCUUUAUGGGGGUUGUUACAGGGUGCACGACUAAUGCUAUUAAAAUAAGAUAAAGCAGAAAAACAAACAUCACCCGGUGGGCUCCAGAUUGUGAUGCAGCUUUUAGGCUACAAGCAACCUGCAACACAACACUGAGCUUCAGUGCAGCGUAGGAUCUUUUUCCUCCAGAGACUGUAAUAGCAGGGAAACUGGCUGAGGUAACGAGCUUGGCUGUAGCUUCACCCUUAAUCCCAGAGGUAAUUCAUCAAACUUGACGUGAAAGCAGAUGAGCCCAUUUCCCACAGUGGGCUGUUUUGGGCCACGUUGACUUGUCCAAACUGUGAGCCUGGGGUCCAGCAUGUUGAGAUUAUUAUUAUGUUUAUUUCUUUUAUUUUUUUAAGUGUUACUAUAGAACAUGUGCUGGUUGAAAAGUACCGUCUCUCCUGUUCGGCCAUGUCUCCUGUUUCCUGUGGAGCUCACUGAGCUUUCCUCCCCGUUCAUCUGUCACCUUUUUUUAAUAAAAAAACCCCAUUUUUUUGUAAAGUUUCUACCACACCUGCGUCAUGUACAGCUGUGCUCGAGUCUUAACCGUUGUUAUGGAAGGAACAGGGUCAGACAAACCUGACAGACUGAAAAAAAAAAUGCAACUACUUCAACUUUAUUUCCCAUUCCUUGUAGUAAAAUCAUUUUGUUGGCAGCUGGAAAAGGGGCGCCCGUCAUGUUUCUCUCUCUUUUUCAGUCUUUCGGUCGCAUUGAUCUGCUUCUCCUGCCGAGUUAUUAUUAUUAUUGCUGCUGCUGCUGCUCUGUGGCUGUUGUAAUAAAAAUACAAAAGAUCUUCAACAGGAAAAUAACAACUAUGAUGUGAAAUAAUUUCAAUCAAAAAUAAAUUGUCUGUGAAUAUGUUAUCAA